CGAAGACACAAAUCGACUGAAAACGGAAGGACUUGAAUUUGUUGUGAUGUGCUCGCUUUGGAUUUGAAUUUCUCGCUUGAAUAUUUUCUUUGUGUUUCUGAAUGGCAUCAUCUGUAGUCCAGGGGCAGGGGGCAGGAUUUGACGAGAACCGGUUUGAUGGUCCUGUAAGCGAUAACUUCAAGUGCACGAUAUGUUUUAACGUCCUCAACGACCCGAAGAGUUGCCAGAACAACCAACAUUACUUCUGUAGCGCGUGUAUUCAUCAAUACGUUCAAAAUUACUCCCAGACUUGUCCUGAAUGUCGACAGGAUUUGACGGUUGAAACGUUGGUCACACCUCCCAGGAUCUUGUUGAAUUGUAUUUCAGAGCUUCCAAUCAAAUGUGAUCACGUCAAACGAGGUUGUACCGACCGAAUUCAACUUGGAAAACUUAAAAAUCAUCUCGAAGAAUGUGGUUUUGCUCCGGUUACGUGUGCGAAUGAUGGUUGUGACGCGGUUGUCAACAAACGAGACAGAAUUCACCACGAGACUGAACUAUGCGAGUUUCGCAGAGUGCAAUGUCAUAAUUGCGAAGAAUUGAGAAAUGAGAUGUUGAUAUUGAGCGAGAAACAAGAAAAUUUGAGCAAAACUACUGGUCAAAAACUAGUAAAGUUGGAAGGAAAGCUAGAUCAAGUCACAACGCGGCUUCAGAAUAUCGAAGGGAAUGUUAAUGCACUGAAUUUGGCUCAUAACAGCGGAAAUGCGAGCCUUUUUCAAGAAAUUUCAGAGAUCAAGAGUUUCAUGAACGAUGUCUUGCGUAAACUCAGCAAUAUCAACAUUGUUGUUUGCCAAAUGCAAGCCCCGGAAACCCAAGAGAAAGAAAAAAAUAAAAGAGGAGACGAACGAGUUGGUGGACUAGCCGUUGCUUUGGAUGAUAAGAAAGAUAGUUCUGCUGAAAUAAAAAGAAAUGAUGAGCUGAUGCAACACAGCAAAACACAGGAUUCUUCUGUUGCUGAAAGCCCGAAGUGCAAUAUUCCUGCCUGGUCGCCUAAAGAUUAUGAUGGUAAUGAUAAUUCUGACGAUGUACCUCGGCCUUGGUAUGUUCCAACACUCACACCGAGAAAAGAACGGUUUAGGCUUAAUAAAAAAGGCCGCGCUGCCGACGCAGUCGUCGCUCAAUCUUCGCCUAGAUCCAAACCCAAAACGCACAGAAAUAUUGAAAUAGGCAUGCAAGUAGCUGUUAGUGGGCUCAAUGGAAAUCUGAGCGACAUAGGAACGGUUCGAUAUGUCGGAACUUUACCUCUUGACAGAGAGAAAAUUUACGUUGGAGUCGAGCUGGACUUUGCAGACGGUGAUAACAAUGGCGUGUUUGAUGGGAAACGAUAUUUUCAGUGCUUUUGAUAAACUUUUUUCAGCCGACCGAAUCAUGGCGUUUUCCGUCCCAUUGGUCAUGUGACACCAUGGUGAUAACUAUAGAACGUCAAGUAUCGUAUGAACUCUCUUCUAUGAAAUAAAUCAGUUGUAAAUUCUGGUAAAGUAUCUCGGAAAAAGAUGUGUGACGUAAAUUUUUCAACAAGUAAUCUUUCGCAUGUUAUAAUUAUUUUGAUGAUAUCGAUAUAAACCAAUCGACAAAUAUUGGCAAUCAAGAGGAGUCGGUAUAACAAUCGAUACUAAAUACCAAUGAUGAAGUG